UGGAAGGACUUCACCUCCCAGGUUUAUCACAUGAAACUCACGAUGACAUCUGGUCGACAUCCCGAAGCCAAUGGACUGGCCGAGGAGAUCAACCAGACUGUGAUCCAACUUCUCCGAGCCUUAAUUGUGCCCGAUCAGAACUCUUGGGAUGAGGAAUUGCCGAUCGUGCAAGGGUUGUACAACAGCUCCAUCCACUCCUCCACCGGGAUUACGCCUAACCGGCUGCAUCCUGGAUGGAAAAUUCGCAAUCCUCUAUCCUACCUGUUCCCUGAACAGCCUCCUGGUUUGACACCUGGCCAGCCAGGCUACAGCGCUAAGUAUGACUGGUUGCUCAAGGUUGUUGUCGCAGCUAUGGAAAGGCGACGCAGUGCCAUGAUCAAACAUGCAAACAAGAAGCGCCAGCCUGCGCCUUUCACAGUGGGAAGUUAUGUCUGGGUCAAAAUGUCUGAGUUUUCUGAAGAAGAAGGUGUAUCACGAAAGCUUCUUCCUCAGUAUUACGGUCCAUGGAAGGUGUUGAACCAGGUCAAGGAACAGCAAGAGGUUGCCGCAGCCGAAAGACUACGGCUAGCAGAGGAAGCUGCAGCACAAACCCGGCGUCAAGCCGAGGCAGACCAGUUGGCAAUCGAUCAGCUCAACGCCGGCAGCUCUGAAGUUGUAAGUGCUAACCAAGCACAAUGGACAGCGGUGCUCGACGGGAUGCGUUAUGUCCCGGCACCCGGCAGCGAGCCGACAACAGUACAGCAAGAGAGGCACGACCUGGCAGAUAUUCUACUCCAUACAAUGCGCGCCGUCAUUUGGAACAGCUCCAUGGGGGAGCUGCAUUCCUGGUCCACACUGCAGCUGCAGCACGAUCUGAGCCACAACGUGAAGAUACUUGCAGCAGCUGUCAAGGUGGCAGACAACCAGUUGAAACAGCUGGAUGCACGCAUUGCUACCUUGGAGGCAAGGCCUCCCCAAGCAGCGCCAGGCUGCACGCCAGAUAUGACAGACACAACGAAGCAGCUCAAUGGGCGCAUCGAUCAUGUCGUCAAUCUCAUCGGCGACAUAGGUGUUUUCAAUGGGCUGAACACGAUCAGUAGCACGGUGGCCGCCAUCAAGAUGGACAUCACCAAGCUUCAGACGAAACCAGACGCCACCACGAAGAGUUACAAGAUGCCGCACUUCGACAUCAGCAAGUUCGAUGACCACAACAAGACGGACGCUUUGGCAUGGUGGCAACGUUUCCUCACGGAAGCAUCCUGCCAGCAGGUCCCGGACGACUAUCUGAUGAAGGCGUUAUACUUACAGCUGAUUGGAGGAGCGCAGGCAUGGAUGAACCAUCUGGCGGCUACCCACACAUGCACCAUCGCCGAACUUCACACGCACAUCACGUGGAAGGAGUUCGAGCAGCUAUGGUUCACCCGGUUCAUGGUCCGCAACGUCGUGAAGGCGGCCAUGAACGAGGUGUACACCUGCUCUCAAGGAAAUUUACGCUCCUAUUUGCACACUACAGUACUAGCUCCGUUGACGGACGACGGGGUAGCGGUUGUCGAUCUCCGCUCCUAUCUUGCAAAGAUUGACCGCGAGUACGCCACCCAAAGGUACGCCGAAACCGACGCGCCUUUGCUCUAUAUCCGCAUUCAAAUCGGAAAGGCAACCUGUAGUGCCUUGAUUGAUUGCGGAGCGUCUCGCAACUUUAUGAGCCAAGCCUUUAUGGCCCGCGCAGGUCUUGGCCCGCGCGUUCGAAGGAAGACGCAACCCACGCAAGUUACACUCGCGUUCGGCCGCUCGCAAAAGUCAAUUGACCGAUGCGUCGACGGCGUUCCGGAAUACUUUGCGCCACUUGCGUGCGAGCCGGUGUCUUUUGACAUCCUCGACACCAAGUUCGACAUGAUUCUAGGCAUGUCUUGGUUGCGUAGCGCCGAUCAUCCGRUGAACUUCCAUGACCGAAYCGUUCACAUCCGUGAUCGGAACGGAGUGUUAGUCCCAUGUACGGUCGUGACCCCUCACACUUCGAUUGCUUGUCACGUGGUUUCCGUUGCGAGAAUUCGUGCCGCCAUUGCUCGGAAUGACGUCGAGGAGAUGGGCCUUGUAUUCUUGCAUGCUCUCCCCUCGCCGGACGGACCAGCCGAGCCACCGCCAGACCCACGCAUCACUCACCUCUUGGACGAGUAUGGAGACGUCUUCGAGGCUCCCACCGAAACGGUUCCGGAUCGGCCUAUACGUCACGGGAUCACUCUCGAGGCUGGUGCCAUCCCUCCGCGUGGAUGUAUCUACCGCAUGAGCGAAGAGGAACUCGAGGUGAUUCGCGCACAACUCGAUGACCUUCUCGACAAGGGCUGGAUUCGCCCUAGUUGCUCGCCAUACGGUGCCCCUGUUCUCUUCGUCCGGAAGAAGAACAAAGAUCUACGGCUAUGCAUCGAUUAUCGGAAACUUAACGCACAAACCGUAAAGAACGUCGGCCCUCUCCCUCGGAUCGAUGAUCUUCUUGAGCGGUUGGGCGGCACGACGUACUUCUCGAAGUUGGACUUGAAGUCAGGUUACCACCAGAUUGAAAUCCAGCCUCAAGACCGCUACAAGACCGCGUUCAAGACGCGGUACGGGCAUUUUGAGUGGAUUGUCAUGCCUUUUGGCCUCACCAAUGCCCCCGCGACUUUCCAAGCAGUGAUGACGACUGAGUUUCGUGACUUGCUCGAUCGCAGCGUCCUCAUCUACCUUGAUGACAUCUUGGGUUACAGUAGGACGUUGGACGAGCACAUCGUACACCUUCAUGUUGUUCUGRAUCGUUUGCGACUAGCCAAGUACAAAGCAAACCUCGACAAGUGCGAAUUCGCCAAGCAAGAGCUUGAGUACUUGGGUCAUUUUUGUCACGAGGACGGUUGGCAUCCGGUCGAGUACUUCUCCCAAAAGGUGCCUCUCAUAAACACUCUCGACGACGCUAGGAAGAAAGAGCUACUCGCGUUCGUCACCGUUCUCAAACGGUGGCGCCACUUUCUUCUCGGCCGUCGGCGUUUUAAAUGGAAUACGGACAACAAUCCGUUGACCUUUUACAAAACGCAGGAGACGGUCACUAGCACGAUCGGUCGAUGGAUGUAUUACAUCGACCAGUUCGACUGCGACCCGUGCCAGAUUCCCAGUCCCGCCAAUCGAGCUGCGGACGCCCUAUCACGACGGCCCGACUUUUGUGCCAUUGUGACCACGGCAUUCGACCUCGAUGACGAUCUGCAGCCACAUUUCGUCAAAGGCUACAAGUCCGAUCCGACUUACUCUAMGCUUUACGCGGAGCUUUCAUCGGAUCACCYGCCGGCUAGCCACUAUCGGAUUUCCGACGGGUUCCUUCUCCUUCACACGAGAGGAAAGGACUUGUUAGUUGUGCCCCAAGAUCGCAUCUUACGGACUCAUCUUCUCGGCGAAUUCCACGACGCACGACUUUCGGCACACCUUGGCGGGAACCGCACACUAGCACGCCUCCGCCAGCGUUUUCACUGGCCCGAAGUCCUUCAUGACGUCACGAGGUACAUUGAGUCAUGUGCAGUUUGCCACCGUAACAAGGGUCGAUCUCGAGUCCCCUUCGGCGAACUGAAACCGUUGUCGAUUCCUCGGGCACCACGCCUUUCCAUUGCUAUGGACGUGACAAGCCCGUUUCCCCGCGAUCGCCACGACCAUGACGGUAUUCUCACGGUCGUUGACCGUUUGAGCAAGUAUGCUCGCUUCCUUCCUUGCAAGUAUCAUGCUGCAGCACCCGAGCACGCACGACUCUUGCACACCGAUUGGAUUACCAACCAGGGUGUUCCAGACGACAUAGUGAGCGACCGAGAUACUCGCUUCAUGUCGGCCUUUUGGACUUCCCUCAUGGCUGAGUCCAGUACGACAAUGAAGUCGAGCUCGACUCGGCACCCGCAGACGGAUGGCCAGACGGAGCGAGCGCACCAGACCGCUCAGAUGAUGUUGCGUACGCUCAUCCGUCCCGACCAGAAAGAUUGGGUUGACCGGCUUCCCGACAUCGAGUUCGCCUAUAACACUUCGGUGCACCCGGCGAUCUGUGUCACACCAUUCGAGUUACAUCAUGGUGGAGAGAAAGCACGGAUCUUCGCUGAUCUUCUUUUGCCACAAGCUGCCGACAUAGACGUCCCUUGCUCUCCCGCUUCCGUUCGGAAGUACCGGGACUCGCUGAUCAAAGCCCGCGCAAAUAUGCAAAAGGCUCAGAUCCGCAUGCAGCAGCAGGCUAACCGACGUCGACUUCCAUGUCCUUUCAGCGAGGGAGACCUUGUUUGGGUCCUCUCCGAGGAAUUUGCGCUCGAGCAGGACGUUUCGCGCAAACUCUUUCCGAAAUGGUUCGGACCAUGGGAAGUCACUUCUGCCGUUGGAGACGACCCCGCAGGUCCUUCCUUCGUGAUCAAUAUUCCACCGCACCUUCCAGUGCAUCGGGUCUUCCACACGUCGAAGCUGGCCAUCUACACGCCACCUUCAGCUGACGAGUUUCCCGGACAUCAAUCACAGGAUCCGCCUUCUAUGGACGGACAUCAGGAAGUUGACCGAGUCAUCACGCACCGCAAGUAUGGCAACAAGCCAAUGCAGUUCAAGGUCACAUUCAAGCAAUGUACGCCUGAUGACACUCGAUGGAUCUCCAGUACAGAUUUGCAGACUUCUGCACCCCUUAUCUUCGCCGACUAUGAGAAGCGACGCCUUGCUAAGGAAGCAGCUCAAGAAGAAGAAGAAGAAGAAGAAGAAGAAGAAGAAGAAGAAGAAGAAGAAGAAGAAGAAGAAGAAGAAGAAGAAGAAGAAGAAGAAGAAGAGGAGGAGGAGGAGGAGGAGGAGGAAGAGGAAGAGGAAGAGGAGGAAGGAGAAGAAGAAGAAGAAGAAGAAGAAGAAGAAGAAGAAGAAGAAGAGGAAGAAGAAGAAGAAGAAGAAAUGCAGUCGAGUGACUUUGUUACUCGUUCAAAAUAAUUACAGCGAACGGAAAUGAACGAACUAUAAAAUGAACUCACUAAGAGCUAAUGAUCCCCUAUGUAAACAUGGGUGAACAAAAUUGCAUCGCAGUU